CAACCACUCUAUGAACCACAAUUUCCCCCUCAAACUGCCAUGCUCUCUUACAGUUCAUCCACCUGGCCUAAAUAUUUUCUCCCCCACUGCUCCCCUACGUCUCCCCCACAUCUUAGACUCCCACUCUGCACUCUCCCUCCCUCGCUGACAGCACUAUCAGUAAAAUGUCUUCUCGUACGUCUCUGAGAAUCAUGAUUCUUCUGUGUGCUUUUUCCUCCUCAGGUCUCUGGAAGCCUUGGACUUGUCCUUCAAUCAGUUCACCUCUGUCCCGAUGAAUCUGCCUCGUCCUCUCCACAAACUGAACCUCCAACACAACAACAUCAGGUACAUCCCCACCUUCGCGUUCCGCCACCUGCGGCCCGGCCUACGCUCCCUUCGGUUAUCCCACAAUGCCUUGAGCAACGAGGGUUUACAGCGACCGUCUUUUGUUGGAACCUACCGCUCCCUGGGUGAGCUCCUAUUGGACAACAAUCACCUGCGGGAGGUCCCUCGCUGUGUGCGGCAGUUUAAGAACCUGCAGGUGCUCAGGCUGGACAACAACCAGAUCAGGCUGGUGAGGCGCUGGGGAGUGUGCCAUCCUCGUAACUCCGGCUCGACCUUGGCUUCAGUCCACUUGGAAAAUAAUCCACUGGAAAUGGAGAAGAUUCCCCCAAAUACCUUCUCCUGUCUGAUAAAUGGCCAGGGACUAGUCCUGUAGCUGCAGCAGAGUCACACAUCUGACCACCAGACCGCACAGCUACACUAGGGAACAAUAAACAUGUGCAUUAUCAUCAGGGUUUUAUGUAUCGGUCUUCUCCCUCUACUGCUCCUCUCAUUUUAAUCUUCCUGAAAUCAGGAAGGAUUUGCAGAAAAAUCAUGUAGUUUACUUAGUCAGCCAGAGCUCCUUUCAUUUUACCAACACCAAACCCAUCUUUUUCUCUCGCAUCUCAUCUGUGAUUAUGGAAAUGACUGUAAUGUUUUGCUCUGUAUUAAAUCCAAUGUGUAAUUUACACAGUAAUUGAACUGAUUAUUAUAUAAAAUUGUCUCGGUUGUAUAAAAGGGAUCAUAGAU